CCAAAGGCGAAAAAGAAAAAGAAAGGAUACAAUCUUGAAAUUGAACUUGCAGAGUGCAUGGAGAUCUUGGAAAAAGGUAUCCGUGAGAAGAAGCUGUCAGAUAAAAUCAACUACAAUGUACUUAGUGCUUUAGACGACACUACUCCCAGAAAGUUGCCGGCCAGCGAGCCAGUGGAAAUCAUUGAUGAUGAGGUUAGAGAAGAUGUAACCGAGCACAAACCACAGAUAAUUAACAGGUUCAGCAAAAAAUCUUUAUUAACUCAAACAAACACAAAAAAGAGAACUGCAUCCAAACGGGUCACGAUACAAGAUAAGGUUGAGGAGGUCACAUUUAAAAAGCCAAAGCUGGUGGUUGAAGAGGAGGUCAAGGCAGCAGUCGUCAUUGAGGAGACAAGUUGUCAGUUAACUACUUACAGUGAGCAAG